AAUGCACACAAGGGUGAGUGCGUGUUUGGCAAGAUCUCUUCGUCCGUCUUCGUGUACAAGUAAACCAUACGUGUGCGUUUUUAAAGGAAAUUGUUAUGCUUAGGUAGGGCACAUAGUUUCAGUGUUAGAGGUAUAAAAGGCUGAGAAUUCCAACAGACAUCAAACAUUUCUCUUUAACAUUCCGAGGAGUGAACAGUUCUCUGAGUUUCGCUGAGUCGAUAAACCAAAAAAUAAUAAAUAAAUAAAAACCGUACUUGUGCAUUCUUAAAAAAAAUUAAAAAUAUCAAAAUGUCUAUGAAAAUGGAAAUGUCAAAGACCUAUCAAUACCGCAAGGUAAUGAAACCUAUGCUGGAACGAAAACGCCGCGCAAGGAUUAACAAGUGCCUCGAUGAACUUAAGGAUUUGAUGGUUGCUACUUUGGAGUCUGAGGGAGAACACGUCACUCGAUUGGAGAAAGCUGAUAUCUUAGAGCUUACCGUUUCACACCUACAAAAGCUUAAACAACAACGAAAGUUAGAUGGUGGAGUAAUAACAUCACUAUCUUCCGCCGAAGGAUUUCGAUCUGGAUAUAUUCAUGCAGUAAACGAAGUGUCACGUAGUCUUUCUGAAUUGCCUGGAGUAAAUGUCACAUUUGGAACACAACUUAUGACACACUUGGGUCAACGUUUGAAUCAACUUCAACCAACUGUCAAGCCCCCGGUAUCAGUCACAUCACCAUUGACUGUACAAAUCACAAACACCGGUAACUAUUCAGUUCCACUAUCACCAGUUUCAAGCUAUGCUGGAAGCCCAAAUUCAUCAGUAUAUGAAUCAAAGACAACUUCCACAUCCCUUCUAACAUGUAUAAAUCAGAUGGCUCCAGUAAGACAAGAACAGGAAAACGUAUGGCGGCCAUGGUAAAGAGUGCGAUCUUAUUUUUCGCUACAGCGGAACGUCUUCCAAAAACAAACACAAAACCUCAAAUUUAAAAACUAAUUUUACUUUUUUAAAUUUUGAUUAGUACAAAACAAGCUUUAAUCUUAUACCAUGUGAUACCUAGAUACGAUUGUAGUUUUAAAUUAUUAGUAAGAACAUGUUCAAGUUUAUGUUAAUUUUUCAAUUAAGAACCCAGUUAUGUUAUUUGUCGAUUGACAAUGUUUAAAAUAUAGA